ACGAACGUAUAGAUACGCUUUUAUGGUACAGGAGAAAUUCAAGAAAAUAAUAGGUAUUCAACUUUUGUCGAGUACUCUGGUAGUGUGCUUUAUUCUUUACAAAUUGGCAAACACGUCAUUGAUCAGCACUAAAUUUCUGGAAUUCGUCUUAUAUCUGGCGUGCAUGAUGACACAGAUCUUCGUUUAUUGCUGGUACGGGAAUCAGCUCAAAUUAAAGAGUGUCGAGGUUGUGGACACGAUUUUCGAAUUAGAUUGGAUCUCCCUUGACAAUAGAAGCAAGAAAGAUUUGAUAAAUAUAAUGAGAAGAGCGAUGAAUCCGAUCGAGUUGACCUGCGCAUACAUCUUUACGAUAGAUUUGAGAACUUUCGUGACCAUAUUGAAAAUGUCGUACUCGACGUACAAUUUCCUUCAGAGAACGAAAGUAAAUUAGAAAGUUUCGAUUAAUCUUUGCCUAAUCAAAGAUUGAUCUAAUCCGUAAAUAACUCGAUAUCAAAAUUUUCAAGAUCAAGAACGUAGAAUUUUUUCUAAUCCGAAAUUUUGUAAUUACAACAUUUUAA